UAAAAGACAAAGAGGAAGGUGUGUCCAGUAGUGAUUCAUUUAAUUGUCUUAUCGAUCUAUCUAAGUUUUAUUUUCCAAGCGAUACAUAGCCGACGGGCAGAGUAGUGAGACUAAGUUGACUAAAGGUCUUCACACUUUAAACUAGAUACAUCACAGAGGGGAAACACUCAACCACAGGGAAAUCAUAUAGAGACUGGUAGGACUAGUGCUUAAUAAUAACUCAAGGACCAAUUAGUGGUGAAACAAAGAGUCUAGAGGAUAAAGGUGGGGUUCGCACAUCCCAGCUAGAGCUAGACCGUUGAGAGUGACAAGGCAAAAGACCUCUCUACGCGGACAACGUUUCGAUAUAGAAAGAGAGGCAGGGCUACGCGAGCGGUCCUGGUUAUACCGAGAUAACCUGAAGUACCUAUAGUGCCCUGUCCGAUCCAGGGAACGGGACGCUAACCACCUCUAGCAACCCCGCUGCCGGCCAAGGGGCGGGGCUGAAGGUUUCGUAUCGCGACACUUGGCGCCCAACGUGGGGCCCCACACCUCUAUAUAAGACUCUACUACUACCUGAGUUAACGGCCCCUACCAGCGCUCUAUUUCCAAACAACUUACUAAAGUAGGUAUCUUUAAAGAGUUAGAGAUAUGGCUACGGCAGUACGUUUCGUCUUACCGGAUCUACCAUGGGGUAAACUGAGAGCGGUAGACCAGACAGCCAUAAAACAUCUUCUGGGAAUGGAAGGAAGGGAAACUUUCUGGGAUGAUAAAAAUUCCAGAAAAGAACCCUAAAUGGCAACUACCAUAGAUACUAUGGCAGCUCAUGAGGAGCAAAGUAGGGUAGAAAAUAAUGGUACAGUACAGGAAAUGAUACGCAGGCAAAAGGCAGGUCUACCCAACAGUAGGCUCGCAAUGUGCGUACCAGGAAUACCCUGGGGCCGCUGACCAAGAGGGAACAGACGGCCCCUCCAAUUACAGGAUUAGGCAAAUAGCCCUGAAUCCUAAGAAUUUCCAGUGAAGACUGAUCAACUUCACUGGAAAUUGUUGGAACAGGUGGAAAUUAAUUAUAAAAUGACACCAGUCUCUAUUCAAAGUGUAUAACAAAUAAUUGUAUUAUUUCCUUGGGAAAGUAAAGCUAACAUAGUGCGUAAGUGUCACUAUGGGCGUUGUAUGAGGGAAAAUCCCUGAGAAAUAAGAAAGUACUAUAGAGUUUAUAACUAAAUAGGAAAUCUAAAUACAAUCUCAAGGUAAAGAGCAAUGGCGGAUUAGAGUCUACUCUUUGAGGGAAAAUCCCUGAGAAAUAAGAAAGUACGAUAGAGUUUAUAACUAAAUAGGAAAUCUAAAUUAAAUCUCAAGGUAAAGAGCAAUGGCGGGUUAGAGUCUACUCUUUGAGAAAAAAAUCCCUGAGGAAACUAGAAAAUAUUAUAGAGUUUACAACUAAAUAGGAAAUUUAUACAAACCCCAAGGUAAAGUUAACAAUAAGUUAACAAUAGUGAAUUAUUUUCAGCGUCGUUAAGGCAGACAGACCUCGUAGUAAUACGAAAUUGGGUUCUAAUUAAAGGUCAUUCCAGAAAAAGAAGGGGGCCAGAGGAUGUAAGUGUGUAUUGUGGCAAAGUGGCCUUCUAUGCACAGCCCUGGUACCCCAUGGCAAUGGCCCUGCUACAAGACGGGACUCCAACGAAUCUAGGAGACACUAGUGUAAUGUUGAGAGCCAUGCAGGAAGAUUUAUGUUAAAUAUUUAGGGUAUAUUUUAAGCCAACAGGGCAGAAAAAAGAUGAAGUUAGAAAAGGAGUGAUUUUAUAAGCAUUAAAUUUAGUUAUGAAAAUAAAUAUGUUGCAGUUCUUAGGGAUAAUAAAGUACUGUAGGUAAUGGAUCACAUACUACGCAACAUAUAUAAAAUUAUUGAUGAGACUGAGUUAAGAUUAACCCAGGUUAUUGUUAGAUAAAAUACAGUGGACUCCCGAAAGAGAGAUUUCAUUAGUACAGAAAACAUAUGCUAUGUUUAGCAGCGUUUUGCCUUAUCUAAUCAUUUGAAGGUUUGUCUUCAAAUAGUAGAAAGAUUACAAGAAUAUAUGGCAUCUGUUGUGACCCAGGGUCAUUGAGAGUAUCCGGUUAAUUAAGUUGAACAAUAUAAUUAUCUACAUAAAAAUGUUGAGUUCUAUAAAAUGCAUUAGUGUAAACAGGGAGACAGUGAGACAGUCAGUCAAUAUUUGGAGACAGAGACCAUAUCUGGUACUGUCAGUAUUAGCUGCGGCAACAGGAAGCAGAUGCAGAAGCGAAAAGGCAGGUUUUAAACCACAGCCAUUAAAAGCAGCAGUUAAGAGGAAGUUAAACAUAGACAUAACUACAUUGAAAGAGCUGAGACAGAUAGUGACCCAUGUGCAAAUGUAUUAGGUCAGUUAGACACUGACACAGGAGUAGGGGAAUGGGACUUUAAUAAAUAAUGCAAAGAGUGGACACCUAAAAUUUCAGGAUGGACUUUAAAAAAUAAAUGAAAAUAAUAAACCACUUACGGAUAAAUAUGCUACAAGGAGAAGAAAAUCUCCUCAGCUUAUUGGACGCUAAAUAAUUAUAAGUAAGGGGAGUCAUAAAAAAAUGAUUUUUUUUUGGUUCCAGACCAAAUAGAAAGAGUCAGAACACACAGAGGCAGUAAUAGAGGCCCUAGACAGACUCAGCAGGGCAGGCAUGAAACUGAACUUGACAAAAACUCAUAUAGGUAAAGAGGAAGUGAACUUUCUCGGUUUCACUAUAGGCACUGGAAUAACCGCAAGUAAGAACUUCUUAGAAAAAGUAGCAGAUCUCAGCAAGCCUCACACAGUAAAGGAAAUGCAGAGGGCCCUAGGCAAAAUAGGGUAUCUGAGAAACCACAUCAAAGGGUAUAGCAGGGCUGCAAAGCAUUGCUACAGAGGCAUAACAAGAGAAGAGUGUCAAAAAGCCAUGUCUCACAAAGAAUAUGGCAGACAACCCAUUAAUUGGGACAAAAAGAUGGAAGACUCAUGGGAGAACUUGAAAGUGAUGGCCCUGGAGGCUCAGGAGAAUGAGCCCAGAGAUCCGACGCUACCGCUCUGGCUAUGCCUUAAACUAGAAGGGCCAGAGGUGGAAAGAGACGGGUACAUCUGGAUAUCAAACGAACUCUCACCAAAAACAAUCAAAUGUUACAGCAAACAGCUUAAGGGGCCCAUCAUGAAGUACUCCAGUGCAGGGGCAAAAUGGCCCUGCUAGAGUUAUACUGGAACAAAAUAGUGUCCCUUGCCCAAGGACAGGCCAUAAUCAUAAAAGACACAGAACUAAAUGAACUAUGGGCCAUUAACCAUACAAAAAAAAAAAUGGUAGGUAUUAAAACCACCACUUGGGAUAAGUGGAGGAACGUACAUGCCACCAAAGGAGUUAUGUUCAUCAGUGACCAAGGAUGGGACACUGACGAACCAGGACCAGGACCUACAACAGUCAAGGUAAAACCAAAGGAGGAUAAACCUAGGGACAUAGUAGUGCUCACGGAUGGAAGUGAGAAAACAGGAAGUAACCAAGUGGGGUUUUAUUGAAAAAAAAAAAAACAAAGCCACUGGUGAAACACUCAUAAAAAGGAAACAAGAAAUAGCAGGCACUGCCCAGAAAGCAGAAGUCAUGGCCAUAAUGGAAGCACUGCUACACUGUUCCACAUCCAAUCUAAAGAGAAUAGAACUGGUUACAGACAGUUACUACAGUGCCCAGGCCAUGACUUCUGACAAAAAGAUAUGGCAGAACAAUGGUUACAGAAGUGCUAAAAACAAAACAAUUCAGCACGAAGGAGAGUGGAGAAAGAUCCAUGAGUUAAUGGAUUGAAUGGAUAUUGUUGUCAGUCACCAAAAAGCCCACACAGUAGAUGGGGGAGGAAAAGAAGCUGACUUCAAUCAACAAGGCAACAGGGACGUAGAUGAACUAGCCCAGAUGGGCAGAAUAAUUCUCUACAAAACUGAAGCAGACUAACUCAAGGUGUAACACAUAGAUUGGGGACAUCUAGGUCCCAAAAUCUUCAUGAAGCGUCUUAGACAGGACCAGAUUGAAUUUGACCCAGUAGAGGCCAAACUGGUGUGCCAGCAGUGCAUUACCUGUCAAGAGCAAAAGCCUAGUAAUCUAGGAAGAGUGUCUGAUCAACACAUCAAAACAUGCACGCCCUGGAGUCAAAUAGCAUUAGAGACUAUGGGUCCCAUGAAAAGUGCUACGGUACUGGGACAUAGGUAUGCUAUAGUAGCGGUGUGCAUGGCAACGGGCUACACAAUGGUACACACAGCGAAAACAUGCAAUGCUCUGCCUGUGUUGACAAUGCUUAACCUUUUGACUUUGACCCUAGGAAGGUUUCAAUCGAUCAGGACUGACGAAGGACGUCAGUAUAAAAACCAAAAGGUAGAGGAAUGGUGCACCCAGAGGGGAGUAAAGCACACUUUCUCACCUCCCUACACACCUCAAGCAAAUGGGUGUGCAGAGAGGACCAUUGGCAAACUCAAAACAACUUUGGGGUUGUGGAGAGCGGACAAAGAUUGGGGACCAAAGCUAGUGCAAGCAUGCAUAGAGUUAAGUAGCACCCCAACCAGUUCAGGGCCUAGUCCAAGAGAGUUAAUGGGAUUACCAGGACAAAAUAGUACGGUGGAUAUUCCUAAUCCCCAGUCUACCCCUCUACCUUGUGUUUUAGAGGUAGGAGACUGGAUCAGGAUUAGAAAAAUCCAGCGGCAGACAACAGUGACCUGGUAAUACCCAAGAAAUACGGUAAAAACGUAUUAUUGAGGAAAUAAUAAGCGCUAAUACUGUGAGGACAGCUUGUGGAAGAACAGUUGACAUAGCACAACUUAGGAAAGUAUUUCCUCUGCAAUAGUACCAGACUGGAAAUACCUCCUAGAGUGCAGAGCAGGCCUCCAAGUCAGGAGGAGUCCAAACACCAUUUUAGGGCCUCAAAGGAGGGAGCACGGGAAGAGUAGUCCGGGAACGAAGCGUUCCGACAGGUCUACCUGGCUCAAGCAGACUGAAGUGUGUCCCUUGUGACGUAUGCAAUGAGCCCACUGGCGAUAUGCAAUACGAAGGGCCCGCUGAGCAUCAGGCAACUAGAGGUGUGCUCUGAUGGAGCCUCAGGAGAGUAUAGGUGCAGGUAUGGAAGAGUUCAGACAUGUGGCAGGUGCAACUGCAACACAGACAAAGAUUGCCUGGAAUGUCACAGACAGAGGGUAACAGAGGUCAAACUAACCAGAGGGGCCCUCUUAACCCCAGUUAGAAUAGAAGCACCACUCUGGCCCAUUCCCACUGGAACCACAGGCCCAGACCCAGCUCCAACAGGCCAAAGGUUCCAAUUUACCUCUAGUUAUGAGUUCCUGAGAGCCAGAGACUUGGGGGAGGGACCCUCAGAUGGGUUUGGAAUAGACAGAGUCAACAAGCAGGCCUGGAUGGAAACAGGACAAGGGGACUGGAUCCUAGUAGACCCUAGUGUCGCCUGGGAUGGAUUGCUUCUGGAGUCCACAGGUUGGGACCAGGUGGACAGAUAUCCCCUAGACAACAACCAUGAGGCUAACCAACACCCUGGAUGGAUGAGGAGGUGUUGGUGGGAAGGGCAGUGCAGGCCAGUUAGAGAACUACUCUGGGGCAGAGCAAUGACAAAGGAACAAAUGUUCACUUUUGUCACCCCCAUGACUAGAGGAAAUGAUGUCCCUCCCCAUGAUGGAGAUGGCAGGAGAAGGUACAGGUUAGGCCUAGGAUGGCAGCUGUAUUUAGCCCAGGACCCAGUAUAUAAAACUGAAGGGGUCUACUCUUGUCACAAGUACAUAUGUAGAGAUAGUGCUGCUGGAGAGGGAAAAGGUAAACAAAAGGCAGCACUCAAAAAAGAACAAAGCCCAACUAAGAAAUCAUUCCUGGCUAGGGUAAAAUUGGUUUUUGGAUCAGACCCUGGAGAGGGCCUAUACAAACCCAGAAACCCAAUGGUUAAAAAAUAAACUAAGAGAUGCUCUCCCUCUUCUACU